UGUUUACAUUACACACAUUAAAGCACAUAACUUAAGCAAACCACUAAAACUACGUUGUACAUACCAAGACUGCACUCAGAAAAUGUCCAAUUUAUAUAAGUUCCAUCGUCACAUCAUAACUCACGUUCGUUCAGUAGAUACACACUCUAACACUGAAAUCAACUAUAAUCGAUCAGUAGAUAAUAUCGCAAAGCAUAAAAGGACGACGCCAUUGGCGAACUCCAUCGAAGAAUCUACUGAUUGCGAGCCUUCAACUGGUGGUAGAGAUCAGAGUUACAUAUGUGAAUCAUUACUUGCCAUUGAUCGUUUGGCGGUAAACUUUUCACUUGAUUUACAUCGAAAACGUAAUUUGACCCGUAAGGAUGUCGUGGAUAUACAGAAUGCCGUUACAACUAUAAAUAGUUAUCUCCAAAAUAUAAUCAAAACAUCAACGCCACUUUUUGCAUCGGUAGACCCAGACCAAACAUUUCUAUACGAAACUUUCGUGAACAAGAUAUCGACCCUGUUUGAUUUCAUAGGAACUGAGCAUAAACUGUUUAGGUACCUUGAACAGGCCGAUUUGUUUAAAAUACCUAAAGUAUAUACAAUACACAAUAAUAAAAUCAAUUUAGCUGUUGAUUUAGAAUUAGAAAGCUUGGGAAACCAAUCACAUUUGGUUCUUAUGGAUUUGGAAUUUCAAAUCAGAAAGUAUUUUGAAAACGGUCAGGUUUACGAGAAAACAAUUAGAAAUAUGCGACUACUAACGACAAGUGUGAAAAAUAGUAAUUUUAUUAACGGUUCGGUUUAUAGAAAAGUGCAAGAAAAAGAUCCGGGAAGGCUUCUGAUACCACUAUUUUUGUACGGAGAUGAGUUCGAGGUCAACGAUCCGCUCAGUUCUCAUAACAAGAGGCAUUCGUUGUUCGCUAUGUAUUACAGUUUCCCGACGAUACCGGAACGCUACGCAGCUAAGCUUUCAAACAUUUUUGUCGCUGGUGUGAUAAGGAAAAUUGAUUUUUCGGGUCAUGAUAUUGAUAUGUUUAUGAUAUAUAUAAUAGAUAAGAUGAAAGCGAUAGAACAGAAUGGAAUUCUUAUUACCACAGGGAAUACAAAUGUUAAAGUACAUUUCGCAUUAAUGUUAAUACAAGGAGAUAACCUAGGAAUUCACCAAAUGUUAAAAUUUUCAGGUUCAUUUUCUGCUAAUUUUUAUUGCAGGUUUUGCAAAAGAAGCAAAGACCAACUCAGUAAAGAUCUUAUAGAGUACGAAACAUAUUUAAGGAAUAAAGAUAAUUAUCAUACCGACGUGCAAUUAAAGCAAUCAGACUCCGGAUUAACAGGAUAUUCAUUGUUCAAUACAUUGCCGUCUUAUAGCGUUGUUGAAAAUUUAUAUUGCGACAGUAUGCAUGAUUUAUAUAGCUCCGGAGUGUGUAUGUAUGGUUUCACAGAAAUAAUUAGCUAUAUCGUUCACGAGAGGAAGUUUUGUACGAUCAGUCAGAUGAAUAUGCGCAGAAAAGAACUUAACAAUUUCAAGUUUGAGGAAGGUUUAUCACGAAUGCCAGAUUUAGAAGAUAACAGACGAAUUAAAUCGAUAACACUAAGAAUGACAGCUAGUGAAAUGGCUGCCUUCAGCAACUUCUUUUCAUUCAUAUGCGGACCCUUUGUUCCUUUGCAAGAUCCAGUGUGGCAUUAUACUACCACUUUGAUGAAACUUAUAGAUACAAUAAACCUGCCAGCUUUUUCAGAAAAAGAUUUGGAAUUAUUGAAUUGUCUUGUUAGCGAGCAUCAUCGUUUAUACCAACAUUUGUUUAAAAAAAGUUUGAAACCUAAACAUCAUUUUCUAAACCAUUACGCUAGCGUUAUUAGAAGUAGCGGACCAAUAAAAAAAAUGUGCUGUAUAAGACACGAAGCCCGUCAUCGCGACUUCAAGGAAUAUUUCAAUGUAACAUCUUCUCGAAAAAACGUUUGCCUUACAAUGUGUAUUAAAGCAAGUCUUUUCUUCUCCUAUGAUGUUAUAAAUGAAACAUUUUUACAAACCAAGACCGAUGGAAAAUUUGUAGAAAGCGUAUGGUGUACAAAACCGUAUGCAACAACCAACUUGCUAAGUACAAUCGAAAUCGAUGCUAACGAACUAGUGUUGUCAUGUGACUCACUAACGUACAAAAAUACAAUCUACAAGACAGGUAGUUUUUUAUCAGUUACUGUAGAUACAACUGUAGAACUAUAUGAGAUAAUAGAAUGCAUUAAUCAUAGAAAUACAUGGUUCGUAGCCGCCCACCAUUGGCGAGUUAAACAUUAUGAUGAACAUUAUCAAGCUUACGCUGUAGAUAUAAAGCUUGACCUUAAGAGUAUUUUAGAUUUAAACAUAUUUGAUGGUCCUCCAUUUCUUCUAGAACAUAUUGGAAAUUCCAUUUUUUUCAGAAGAAAAUUAUAUAUGUAUAAGGAUUUUAUAUAA